UGAGGCAAUGUCUGAGGUCAUUUCAUUUGUCAAAAUAUGUGUCAAUCUGUCAGCGGUAGUUUAUUGGUCUCUGGUCAGCGGUACCCAAUGGCGGUACCUAAUUCGGUGACAGUUAUCUUUUAUUAGUAAACAAAGGUUACCAAGUCUAAAGAGACAAUGAAUAAUCAAUUAAUAGAAAAAGUGAUAAAGACAAACAAUGGUUCCUGUCCAGAUUUCGUGUUCGCAAAUCCACUCCUUGACAGAAAUAUUGCCAGUGCACUUUCAAAAAGUUUCGUCCAAAUGUUUACCACUUCACGGCAAACUUCGAGUAUACAUAAUAAUUUACGGCACACUGUUCUAAAUAAUGUGCGAAAAAUAUGCAAAAUUGAACCAGAAAACCACUUGAAAAUUAGAGAAGACACAAUAGACAUUCUUUCCCAGUGUUACGUAGAAAAUAUUGAAGAAACCACGGAAAAUACGCAGUCAUUAGAGAAACAACUUGACGAUUUUUUGACAAGACGUAUGAGCGGAUUUAAUUGUACCCCAAAAAUAGAUUUAGCACCAAAUCCAGAAAUUGUUCAAGCAUUACUUAAUUUAAAUUUUUCACAUACUGAGGUUUUAAUGAAAAAUGUAUUAAACUGGAGUGUUGAUGACAAAACUUUAAAUAUACUAAAAUAUUUAUGGACUAGUAAAUUAGAAAAAGAAAAUAUUUAUGAUGAUUUAUCAGUUAAGAUAAAAUCAGAAAUUGAGAAAGAUUUACUACAUUUGAUUCAUUUAAUAAUCACUGACAGCAGGACAGAUAUUAGUCACAUAUUUGAUGAUUCUAUGAAACACCUUGUUUCAAAAUGUUCAAUAUCAAAUCAUUGUUUUCAAUUAUGUUGUGGAAUUAUGAAUAAUCUUUUCAUAACAACUAACUUUCAUCCUAGAAUUCAAUCAUUUAUAGAAAUAUUUUUAAACAAUGUUAAACUAGGCUGUACAAAACCAACCAUUUCAUUAUUAUAUCCCACUCAUCUUAGUCAGAUUGUCUUGUUAUUAGAUAUUGACAUAAACAAGCUCUCAGGAAUAACUAAAUCAAAAUAUGUCGAUGUGGUAAUUAAUUAUUUACAUGAUUUGUCUGAUAAAUCGGAAAAUGAUCUCAUAAUGCUACUAUGUCACUUUCACCAGUGGUUUGAGAUAUAUUUGGCAUCAAAGAAUUGUAAAUAAAAAUUUUACAUCACAA